GUCUAGUUGUGAAAUCUGUUCGGGUCCGUUUAGUUUAAACAAUGGUGAAUUCUUGUGAAUAAAGUACUUUAGAUAUAAUUAUGUGCGUGUUUUUAUAUUAGUCGUUUCAUAAUUCAUUAAUUUGUAAUUCAUAGUUAGUUUUGGAUCGGUGCUAAUAUGUGUGAAUACAUACAUACGUACGUGUGAAAAGUGCCAUUGUUUACAUGUCAACGGUGUGACAAAGUAAAUCGAAUGUUGAAUUACAUAAAUGUUUAAUAUUUGAUAUUAAGGAAAAGUGUAUUUAAAAAGUUAAAGAAGAAAAUUAUAAUAAGUUCUUCAAAUUGCCAUUUGCUAAUACGUAGUCCUGCAUAUUUAUAUGCGGGAUAUAUAUAGAUUCAAAAACAGUGCUUCAAAAUUUAUUCGCCGACGACUUUUGACGCCUCUCGGGCGUUUAAGCUCGAGGAGGAUUUUGUAGGGAGUUGUGUGACAAUGUCGAUGUAUUCAACGACGGAUAAAAUGAAAAUGUCUGCUCCUACCUGCUUUCCUGGUCGAUACAGCCCGACCUAUCGGGGUCCGGAUCAGAUGAGGAGAUGCAUGCCGAAUCCUUCUACCCGUAUUUUAGAAGACGCUUCCCUUUUAUGCAAUUCUUGGUCAGCUCGUCAAAAUGGUGAUAUUUUUGCGGGAAUCAAUGAUGGCAUCCUUAGUAGAGCGGAAGCACUGGCGGCGGUGGAUAUGGGUAAACAUCAAGCCACACAUCAUCACAGUCAAAUGCCUGGUCAAAUCAAACAUGAUGUUAUGUACCACCAUCAUAGUAUGGCCGGACCACCACAACGACCACUACAGAUGCAUCAUACGAUGGAUCAAUUGGAUAUGUUGGAUCCAACGGGGCCAAUGACGACGUUAGCGCCCAUGUCAGACACAUCAUUAACACAGACUCAUCAGCAUUUACAUGGAUCGUAUCAUAGUAUGAACCAUAUGAUGAGCCAUCAUCAUCCCGGCGCUUUAAAUCAUGGACAUUCUGCUGUACAUCAUCCUGUCAUAUCAGCAGCGGUGGCUGCGGCUGGCCUUCAUCCCGACACUGACACGGAUCCAAGAGAAUUGGAAGCAUUUGCAGAAAGAUUUAAACAACGACGAAUAAAGUUAGGUGUUACGCAGGCUGAUGUAGGUAAAGCCUUAGCUAAUCUAAAAUUACCGGGAGUUGGGGCGCUUUCUCAGAGUACAAUUUGCCGAUUCGAAAGUCUCACAUUAUCGCACAACAAUAUGAUCGCAUUGAAACCAAUUCUUCAGGCGUGGCUGGAGGAAGCGGAGGCGCAAGCGAAAAACAAACGAAGAGAUCCAGACGCGCCCAGUGUACUUCCAGCUGGUGAAAAGAAAAGAAAAAGGACUUCCAUUGCGGCACCUGAGAAACGUUCCCUGGAAGCUUACUUUGCCGUGCAACCGAGGCCUUCUGGUGAGAAAAUUGCUGCUAUCGCUGAGAAAUUGGACUUGAAGAAAAAUGUGGUGCGUGUCUGGUUCUGCAAUCAAAGGCAAAAACAAAAACGUAUGAAAUUUGCAGCACAACACUGACAAACAAAUAAUACAGCCACACAAUUAGGUAUAGUUAGUAGUGUUACUCCCUCAAUGACUGGGCAUGGAUCAGCGGGGUUCGGAUACUGAUAGUCGUUUUUUUCUGGAGACUUUUACCUGUAGAUCUGCCACAACACACAGCCAUGAUACAUAUUCCUGGUGAGAAAACAUUGCAAUCAACGAGCGCAGUUUGGAGCAAUCAUGACAAAAUUGAACAAGGUUAAUAAAAUUCUUUUUUUGAAGAAUAUAUAUUUUCGAGAUGUAUCCCGUAAAUUUUACGAACGGUACUUUACUAAACUGAAGAUCCUGUGGAUAAUUGACGUGGUUCUUAUGCUUCCUUUAAAGUAAUUCAUUAUUAGAAUACAUACAUGCAACGAAUUUAGUUGUUGCCAAACAAUUAGCUGUACAUAGAUAAGUAGUUUUGUAUUUACGUAGCAUGAAAUUGAAUAAAAAAAAUUGUAAAGUGUCGAACGUUAUUGUAAAUAUAUAUAGAUACACACGUGCAUAUACAACUAAGGUAAUAAUUAAUAAUAAUUAGGAAAUGAUGUAAGAAUUCUACAUAUAUACUUAAAUUAUAAAUAUGUAUAUGAAAAUUUAUUUUGAAUACACUUUAAAACUCUUAAUUUCGAACAUUCAUAACAUCAAAUAAUUGUACUGUUCUACUUUGAUAGCAAGAUUUGAAAGAAAUAAAAUUCGCAAGAACUUGUAUAAAUAUUUUAAUAAGUAUAUUUUAUUAAUGUUGUAUGAAUAUAUUUUAACUGAAGAAAAGGCGAUAUUCUUCUUUUUGACUGACACCGGAGGAUGGAGUCAUAUGUAGAAGUUCACGUAAGUGAUGAAAGUUUCUGACUGUCAUUCACUUGGAUAGAACGUACCUAUGAGCGCUGCCCCCGUCACGAUGUCAAAAUCGUGCUUGGCGAUUUCAACGCUAGGGUGGGUAAAGAAGGUGUCUUUGGCACAAUAGUCGGAAAAUUCAGCCUCCACGACGAAACAUCACCAAACGGUCUGAGGCUGAUCGACUUCGCCGGGACCGAAAUAUGGUCGUCUGUAGCACUAGAUUCCAGCAUAAGAAAAUCCAUCAAGUUACUUGGCUGUCCCCGGAUCGAAUCACUCGCAACCAGAUCGAUCAUGUUGUGAUAGAUGGACGACAUAUCUCCAGUGUUUUCGAUGUGCGUACGCUUCGUGGUCCCAACAUCGGACCACUCGGACCACUAUCUUGUAGCAGCUAAGAUACGCACCCGACUCUGUGUAGAAAAGCCCACACGUCAACAAACACAAGGAAGGUUCGACAUCGAGAAGCUGCAAGAAGAAGAAGAAGACACCGCUUUCGAGGCUAUAGCUUUUGACAGUUUGGCGCCAAUUGGUAAUACCAAGUGAAGCCAGGUCCUUCUCCACUUGGUCCUUCCAACGGAGUGAAGGUCUUCCCCUUCCUCUGCUUCCACCAGCGGGUACUGCAUGGAACACUUUCAGAACUUGAACACUUUCGUCCAUUCGAACAACAUGAUCUAGCCAGCGUAGCCGCUGUCUUUUUAUUCACUGAACUAUGUUUAUAUCGUCGAAUAAAACAAACAUCUUAUCAUUCCAUCGUCUACGGUAUUCGCCGUUGCCAAUGUUUAAUGAUGUGCAUAGAUUUGGGACCCACCACAAAAAAAAACAUCCCCAUGGAAAAAGAAGCAACAGCCUCGGAUGAGAGCCCCAAUUUUUAUGAAGAUUAUCAUAUUAAUAUAAUAUAUAUAUUUAAAUUAUUUAUUAAAACAUGAUAAAAAACGGAACGGAUGUACAUAAAGUGAGA